AUGAAAAGAGUUUGUCCAGAUUGUCGUUCAAUGUACGUUGGUGCGGAGAAGGUAAAUAUGAUUCAUUUGUGGUCGUCUCGAUGUGUCUAACAGAUUUGCUAAAAAGUUCAUUUGCUCGUGGUGGGACUGGCGACAAACUAUUUACCCACCGCGCAAUUGAUAUAAAUAUAAUAAAUACGUGACUGUUGUUCAGUUACACGGUUUGGUUAUAACUUAUAUCCCCUACCUGUAUUGAAAGCGGCUUUCUGAUUCGUUACCUGCGUUUCGUUGCUACGACUACUAGGUUUGAAUAAAAAUACCAGUAUUUGGUCGGUAAUGAAAUUUAAUAUGAUUUUCAGGCCAACCAAAUCGAAUGUUUUUCACAUGGAACGGGAUUAACCAAGAUCUAAGGAUGUCACGCCAGCAAACAAUUGAGAAAAUUCUUUGAAAUAACUCAGUUGUAAAUAUCUUUGUAUCUAAAGGAGCUGGCUAUAUAAGGGAUGUCUUUGAGGGAAAUUCCACGUCUAAAAUAGUUUUCUAUUCAAUGUCAACCGAUCAUAAUCCGCCAAAGUGAUGUCAUAUACUAGUGUAUACUGAUAAUUUAGCUAUUUAAGUAAAACAAUGGUUUUUCCUCAGGAUCUCUAAAUGAACUCGUUCUAGUUUUGCACCACAACAAUUUUGAUGACAGUCUUCAUUCAAAAUUUCGUGUUUGUUUAGACUACUCUCGACUGUUGUGCCAACAUAUCUAUCUCCUGCGCAAGCGUGUCUGUGGGCGCAAAAAUCAGGGAGUAAGCACGCGGGCAGGAAAACAAUUCCCAAUUAACCUGCAAACAGGCGUACUUUGCCUUACGAAAUUAUGGAAUUCAUUACGGCCUGGGAGGGGGUUGCCUGCAUAUUAAAUCAAAUAUUACUGUCGAUGCAAUAGAAGUGUUGAUAAAAUAUUGCAUCUAUUCCUUUGCUCAAUUUGAUCAAUUCAUGUGAUAGAAAAUUGAUCAACUUCCUGUUACUUCUAGAUAAGACAAUUAGAUUUCGUUUCAGAACCGAUUGACCAAUAGGAAACGCACAGGAAGCAAAAAGAAAUUUGAAUUCGUGUGAAUUGAUCAACUUGAGGAAAUAAAUUGAUGCAAUGUUUAAUCGACACUUCUAUUGCAUCGACAGUAAGUAACUUUCAAUUCAACAAUCAAUUUAGAAUGGUAACAAAUGGAGUUGGUUGGACUCAUAUAAUAACACGGAUAUGACUGGCACUCUAUGGGGAGCUGCUGAACCUCAAGCAGAGAACAGCUGUGCAGAAUACGACACAGAACUACAUGUCUUAACCACGUUAGCCUGCAACACUCCGCGUGGAUACAUGUGUCGUUAUCAAUGGUUAUAG